CGCGCCCUUUGUUUUGUGUCAGUAAGACGUCAUUACAAUGUUAAAGCAAAUUCAUUCUUAUUUGAACGCAUUAGAAUAUCAAUUACCGUAUUGAAUUUCUGUAACUUUGUUUACAUUUUGACAGUCAAUAGUUUGGUUAUAAUCGUAAAAAAGAAUUCGUUACUUAUUUUAUCGUUUUCUGACGUGAAUUUAUUGAAUAAUGUUUUAAUUACAAUUCCGUAGUGCAAUGUUAACAUAUGAAUUGCUUUAAUAAAUUAUUUUUACCGUGUAGAUUAGUUAUAACCGGUGCUAAUAGAUUCGUUUGUCCAUCAGUACGAUUUCUUCAGAGUUCAAAGCAUAGAAGCCUUUUAUUUCCUAGUAUAGACACUUUACAAGUAAGAACCAUGGCUCAGAAGAGUAUUAUGUCGUUCUUUAAAAUCACACCGAAGAAAGACGCUGAAAUUAAAAAGGAACAACCCGAAAAUGACACAUCUCUCGAAGAUGCAGAAAUGAACGAACCGUCGCCAGUCCAAAAUGGAAAGGCUAAGCGGACAUCGAAAAGGCAGAGGCUGGACAGCAGCAGCAGUGAGUCCCAGUCUCCGAAGAAGGAGAAUCCACCAACAUCUGUAACGAAAAAGAAGGUCAAAAGACAACGAAUAGAGAGCUCAGAAAGUGAAUCUGAACCUAUUAAAUCACCUGAAAAAUCACCUGCGAAGUCUACAGAAACUUCCCCAAUGCAGUCCCCAGUGAAAGAGAUAAAAAUAGAGAAGAGUGACAAUGUGAAGACUUACCAGUCACCAAAGACUAAGAAGGCUAAGGCAAAGAAGGAGGGCAAAAGUGAAAACAUUGCGAAAAAGGUUAUAAAAAAAGAAAAAUCACCACCACCUAAGAGUCAAUCAAUAAAGAAAGAGAAGUCUCCGCUUAAAGAGAAUGGAAAGGACAAAACUCCUGAGAAAAAGACGAAAGAGGUCAAGAAGGAAAGAGAAAGUGGACUGGUUGCAGAAACAGAAUACGACCCCACAAAGUCUAAAUACCACCCGAUCAACGACGCGUGUUGGGCGCCGAAGCAACCAGUCCCGUACUUGGCCCUGGCCAAGACACUUGAAGCCAUAGAGGCCAUUUCAGCGCGACUCAAGAUUGUAGAGAUACUGAGUAACUACUUUAGGUCGGUGAUAGUUUUGACUCCAGAAGACUUGCUGCCGAGCGUGUAUCUGUGUCUGAAUCAAAUCGCGCCGGCGUAUCAUAGCCUGGAGCUUGGCAUAGCCGAGACCUACCUAAUGAAAGCCAUAGGCCAGUCCACCGGCCGAACCUUGGCCCAGAUGAAAGCAGCAGCCCAGAAAAGUGGAGACCUGGGCGCCGUGGCUGAACAGGCCAGGUCUACACAGAGAACUAUGUUCACACCACCACCUUUAAAGACGAGAGCUGUGUUCAAUGCUCUCAAAGAAAUUGCUGGAAUGACUGGACAAGCAUCAGUGAAUAAGAAAAUAGGCAAAAUCCAGUCGCUAUACGUCGCUUGCCGCUUCUCCGAGUCCCGAUACUUAAUACGAUCGCUGGAAGGCAAACUCCGCAUUGGUCUGGCCGAGCAGUCGGUGCUACAAGCGCUCGCACAAGCUGUUGCCACGUCUCCGCCUGGGUCUGAUGUCCUCGACGCGAGCCAGGGACUGUCGGCCGCGGAGUUCAAGGCUAUAGUCGACGAACAGGCCCUCAUAAUCAAAACCACCUAUUGCGAGUGUCCUAACUACGAGAUGAUAAUCCCAGUACUGCUCGAACACGGGGUAAAGGCACUCCCACAACACUGCAAACUGACGCCGGGUAUUCCACUAAAACCUAUGUUAGCACAUCCUACUAAGGGAGUCCACGAAGUGCUGAACCGAUUCGAAGGCACGAGGUUCACCUGCGAGUAUAAAUACGACGGCGAGCGCGCGCAGAUCCACGUGCCGAAGGUAGAGAAAGAUGGAGAGGAAACUGCCGACUUGCAGCAUGCAUCGAUAUUCAGUAGGAAUCAGGAAAAUAAUACCACGAAAUACCCGGAUAUCCUACAGAGGCUACCUUCACUCCUAAAAGCAGAGGUGUCAAGCUGCGUGUUAGAUUGCGAGGCGGUCGCUUACGACACGGUCAACAAGCAGAUACUGCCCUUCCAAAUCCUCUCCACCCGUAAGCGCAAGGACGCCUCAGCAGCCGACAUCAAAGUACAGGUGUGCGUGUUUGUGUUCGACCUGCUCUAUCUGAACGGGCGCGCUCUGGUCAGACAGCCGCUUGAGGACCGAAGGAGAUUGCUGAGAGACAACUUCAAUGAGGUCGAAGGUGAAUGGCAAUUCGCAACAGCCAAAGACUGCAGUUCCAUGGAUGAAGUACAGCAAUUCUUGGAUGAUGCUGUCAAGGCCAGCUGCGAGGGUCUCAUGGUGAAGACCCUAGAGGGAGAACACGCUAGAUACGACAUCGCUAGGAGGAGUCACAACUGGCUGAAGCUAAAGAAAGACUACCUAGAAGGCGUAGGUGAUACGAUCGACGUGGUGGUAAUAGGCGGCUACCAUGGUCGCGGCAAGCGUCGCGGCGUAUACGGAGGCUUCCUAUUGGCCUGCUACGAUAACAGCAGCGAGGAAUACCAGGCGCUGUGCAAGAUCGGCACUGGCUUCUCUGAUGAAGACUUACAGACGCUUACUAAGACGCUGGAGGAACAUGUGAUUGAAGCGCCGAGGAAUUAUUACAGAUACGACACCUCUCAUGCGGCAGAUGCGUGGUUCGCCCCCGCGUGUGUGUGGGAGGUACGAUGCGCCGACCUGUCUCUGUCGCCGGCGCACAGAGCAGCUUUGGGUCUCGUCGACCCAGAAAGGGGCGUGUCAUUACGCUUCCCCAGAUUUCUGCGCGUGCGCGACGACAAGACACCGGAGCAGGCCACGUCCGCGCAGCAGAUCGCACAGAUGUACCUCUCGCAGGACCAGGUCAAGAACUCUGCCAGCAAACCUGUCAACUUUGACGACUUCUACUGA